CCUUCUCGCUCUCUCUCUCUCUCUCUUCGUCUGAGCUCUCGCUGCCUCCCUCCCUCCCUCCUGAAUCUGGACCACAUAGCAAUAGCUGCCUGUAUCUAUGGCACUGCAUGUACGGCUCAAUUUAGCUUGACAAAGGAUCUCUCCCUUUCCGCCGAGCCAAAGGUACUGCAGUCAAACCUCCGGUCCCGUUUCUGGCGGGAACCGCCUAUCCUCGCUCUGUUGGCCUUCCGGCCAACGGAAUCGGACUGUUGCGUGUUCCCAUUGAUGAUCGCUCGGCAUUUGAUUGUGCCGAUACGCUGUUUCUUACUGGACACAUCCUAGGGUUCUAUCUGUCGGAACUUACUUCCCCGUUCAAUUCAGUGCAUUGUGCAGCUCUUACUGCUUUUGUGUAUAGAUAAUUAAGGAUGCCUCUCUACAAAAGAAAGCCCUUCUCCGUGGUAGAAACGCCAAAACAGUUGGAGCCCACAGAACUAGUAUACCAAGUUCGUUUCACGAAAGAGAUAUUCCGUGAUUAUCAAGACUAUUUGAACCGGAUUAAUUUGUAUCGCCAGAGGCUAUGGACAUGUAAAGCCACUGGAAAAUCUAAUUUGACCUAUGAAGAGGCUUUGGUAUCAGAGAAACGCGCUGCGGAGAAGGUUCAGCAGUUCCCUCAAGAGCUAGUGGCACCUGCACUGCGCAUAAUUCAAUUCAACAUGCUUCCCUUGAAAGAUCUUGCAGACACGAUUGCCAUGAAAUUGCAGGACUGCUUGUAUGAAGGUGUUGAACUGUAUGGAAAAAAAGAAGAUGGUGUGUUUCCAUGCAGAAUAGUGAAGGUACGAAAUCAAGGGGCUAGCUCGAUCCAAUAUGAGAUAUGCUGGUUGGGCAGAGAUAAGACACCAACAGGAAAUGCUCUAGUAAAUGAAGAAGAGCUAAUUAAGAAAAAGCUUCCCUUCAGUAGAAGUAUGUUGAAGUCUUUUAUUCGGGAAACUACUUAUCGGAGUGCACCAUGGGUGCUUCAUGAUAGACUGGCGGAAAAGCAUGGGAUCUCAAACAAUCUUCCAGAAGAGCUAAGAAGCAAAUUUUAUUUUCACAAUGGAGUUCUGGUCAACUUCAGGAAGAGAGUGAAAAAUGCGGAAGAGCAAAAUGGAAAUACGGUCGGGCAAGAAUUAUGUCGUGUAUAUAAAAGGAAGAAGAAAGUAGCGGGGGAGAAACUUGAGGACUUGGGAAAUGAGGGGAAGAAUGAUAAAGAUGGUGAUCAAACAACAGUGGAGGUCAUUAAGUAUCCCAUUGAGGACCUCUUAGUAAAGCCCGGAGCAGAUGAUCCAGCAUUCACCACUCGUCCUUCUCCAUCGAGGGACUUCAAAGUUCCCUUGGACUGUGUUGGGGAUCUUUUAAUGGUUUGGGAUUUUUGUUCUUCUUUUAGCAGGCUGCUGCAUCUGUCUCCAUUUUCUCUUGAAGAUUUUGAAAAUGCCAUCUGCCACAAAGACAGCAAUUUGGUUCUUAUAGUAGAGACUCACUCAACACUACUGCGGUUGCUUAUAAAGGAUGAUGGUGAAUAUUCUGCAUACAUACAGGGAAAAAGGCGCAAGUCAAAGAUUACAUUGAUAACAUGGACAGAAUAUCUUUGUGAUUUCUUGGACAUGACUAAUGCUGCUGAUUUACACUCUCAUAUUGCCACUAUCAAGCGGGGUCAUUAUGGUCUUAUAGAACCUCAUGCAAAAUUAGAAAUUCUCCGGUUGCUGGUGAAUCAUGCCCUUGAGACUGAUCUUGUUAGAGAGCUGUUGGAUGAGUACAUAGACCAAUGGCAUGAACUUGGAGCCACAAGAAGAGGGGAAGCACUGCAAGAAGCCAAGAAAAGAAGAGAAGAGAAGGAGCAUUUGAAGGCCCAAUCUGACUCCAACGCUGCCAUUGAUGAGAAUAGCCUCAAUGAUGUAGACAAAGGCGGAUUGGAUAAUAAUAAUGGGAAGCAGAGUGGCGAAAUAGCAUUGAAGAAACACAAUCAUGUGUCGAAGAAAAGUGUGAGCGACCGUGCCAAUGGUGCUUUCAAAAAUAAUGCCAGGUUGCAGAAUGGGGAUGCCGCAGUUAGGGAUGGCAGCAUGCAGCAUUCGCACAGGAAAGGAUCGCGUCAAAUGGUGUUGAAACAGGGCACUGAUGAAAGAAAAGUUCCCACAAGCAGUAAAGAACAGAGGAAACAACAUUAUGAGAGGGAGAUGGAGAAACGCUUUAUACGUACCAAUCCUCUGGGGAGAGAUAGACACCACAACAGGUAUUGGUGGUUUCGGCGUGAUGGAAGGAUACUUGUUGAGAGUUCAGAUCACAAGCUGUGGGGAUAUUACAAUACAAAGGAAGAGCUUGAUUUGCUGAUCCGCUCAUUGAACUGCAAGGGUGAAAGAGAGAAGGCUCUUCAUAGACAGCUUGAGAAAUAUUACACCAGAAUAUGCACGGAACUGCAAAAGAGAUCAAAGGAAUUGGCUGACAAGAUAGCGAUGGAGGAGGCAGUGGUUCGUCGGUCAACUCGUGUGCGAGCACCACCAAGGGAUAAUCCUGCUAAUGCCUUUCUUAGGUAUGUUAACAAGUGGAAAGAAGAGUAGCGCUCCUAGUCUAGCAAGUCUAAUUGGAUGCUAUUGUUUAGUCUAAGAAUUGAGUAUUAGGCCCUUCAGUGUUUUUUCCAGUGAGACGGGCGGGCAUUAGUUCAAUCCUCCCUUUUCUUGACUUGGUCUCUCUGCCUUUGUUGGAGAAGGCUCUCCUUCUCGAUUGGACUGCAUUUUAUAGGUUUUGGCUCUUAGGUUGGGAUGACAUAUUUGUCUUCAAUUGAGUAAGACUGUACAAGCAAUGAAGAUCAUGAUGUGAACUACAGUGAUUGUUUUUCUUUUUAGCAUAAACCUUGCAAUUUUUUUCUUCUUC